CUGGAAUUGCUUGUUCUCUGUUGCUGGGGCUUGACAUGAAGUCUGAUUUGCUAAGAUCUUGAAGGAAGACAUUGAAAGAGAGGGAUUAGACGACAGUUGGAGACAUGUUUGGAUCCUUAUCUGAGAAGAAGGCAAGAACAAUUUAGCAAUGGCAAAUAAAGGAUUACAUAUAAUCUUUUCCAAAACUGACUUUUUGCUCUUGCAUAUCAAGUGAAAAUCAUGUGGACACCUUAUACAAAAGGAAAUUUGCCUCAGAUGACUUUGUCUACAGGUCAUAAAGAAGCCCUUUUAUUACCGCCAAUUCAGAAAAAGUCACUGGAGAAAACAAUUACUAAGCAAAAAUGUCAUUGGCAUGUACCAUAUAUGAAAAUAGACGAAGAAACACAAAUGCACGUGAGGAUGCACUUAAAGCACCGCAUGAAUUUCCAUGCUGAUAAAAGGUUUAAACAUGCAUCAGAGGAUAAAAAUCGACCAUACAUGAAAAACCCAGAAACCUUUAUUAUAAAGUCUGAACCAAAGACUACAGAUGAGGUCAAAGAUCUCCAUUCAGUGUUCAGUGUCUGCGCAGAUGAAUCUCUGGAUGGGGGUGAACCCUCUGAAUGGACUGAAAGAAAACUACUUUCCAGACACAAGAAAGCAGAAAUUGAGAGAUUAAUAUAUACAAAGAGAUGGCUGCUCCAGACACAAACAAAUGGAGAAAUCCCUCAUUCAGAAGAGACAACUGUUGAGGAGAAAAUCAAUAGAAGGAUAACAGAUUUGUCUACAGGCUUGUUAUCAGGUUCUCUGGGGUUAUCAGAUGUCAGUGUCUCAAAAGAUAAGGAAUCAGAUAGAGCUGUUCAAAAUGGAGCUUCCCCUUUAACUGUACCUUAUCUGAAAACCCAGAUGGAAGAAAUAAAAUCGUUUAGUGCUCUCUCGCUGAAAAACCAGGGAACAACUAAUGAUACAAGAUGUUAUCAGUGCAGACUUCCAGAUGGUGACACAAACAAGGCAGUAAUUAGAGGACAAACCAAUUUGCCAUGUUUAUCCAGAAAGAAAAUCUUCAUUAUCUAUCUUUGCGGAGACUAUCAAGAUUCAGAAGUAGAACGAAAUGCAUUAAUGGAGAAGUCUUUUCCUUGGCUAUACAACUAUUGUAAAGAGAGAGGUUAUGAUUUCCGGAUGUUGGACCUGAGAUGGGGACUAAAAGAUGGCAUCACUAACGACCACAGCAUGGCUUCACUGCAUCUGAAAACCUUAAGGAAAAGCCAACAGAUGGGAUUUCAGACCUUUUUUGUUUUCAUUGGACAAAAGCAUGAUGAUCCUGCCCUCCCAGACAGAAUAACUAAGGAAAUUUUUGAGGCAAUCAGAGCUGCAGUUGAGCACAUGAAGCUGAGUACCAACAAGUCAAAGCAAAAUUUGCCUCGUGAUUUAAAGGAAGAAACUGGGGUAACCAAACAGAAUGAAAUGCAAGAUGAUGCUAGUCAAGAUGUUCCGGACUCUAGUGAGUUAACAGAAGAACAAGAAGCUAAGACAAAAAGUAAGGAGGAACAUGAGAUUAUGCGUUCAAAAGAGCAGGACUUUCCUAAUGGUCCUCUCCUGACUCAAAAGACGGUUGCUGAAUAUGCAAGAGAACUUCAGCUUCUGAAUAAAUGGUACAGGAUGGAUGAAAACUGCAUCCCAGCGGUUUACAAGCUUCAGCCUAUUUGCACAGUAUACAGAGAUAUCUUCAGCAAAGAUCCUACUCGCAGACAACAAGCUAAGAACAAAUGGCUGGUGUCGUUUCAAAAACUGCAUAAGAUACUUCAAGAAUAUGCUCCGGUUGCUCUUGGUCAAGAAGCUGCCACCACCCUGCUCAAAACUGUUUUACAACAAGAAGUGGAUCAAGGAUUCCAAGUCCAGGGACGCCGUGAGGAUCACUGUCACUGCUUCAAGAGAAACAUAAGUGAGCUGCAGAACAAUCUGUCAAAUCCCCAAGCAGCCAAACAUAUUGACAUCCACCCUCUGCAACCAGAGAUUAAUAAAACAAUGCAUGAAGCUCACCAGAACUUUGUGAACAGCAUUCACUCCAGGCUGCGUCACACAAAUAUCUACAACAAGAAUAUUAUCUGGGGAAAAGAUGGAAUCAGUCCAACCCACAACAGAUCUCAUGCCUAUUACCUGGACUGCCUUUGCAGUGACUUUCAGAAGAUUGUUGUCAACCACUUCAACAAAACAAUAAGUUCAAAGGAUGUGCCAGAAAGACUACAUAAAACAAGAAAGCAAGCAUUUGAAGAACAUAAUGGUGAAGAGAUUCUGGAGCAUGUGCAACAUGGCCAGGCCUUAGUUAAAUGUAUCAUAGGAAGAGAAACGUUUUUGAAUGAGCUGAAGAAUCAAUUUACAUCUUUAAACAGAAGGCUGACUGUAGUUUGUGGAGAGGCUGGAUGUGGAAAAAGUGUCAUCACAGCAAAGGUGGCUUCUUUGGCUUCUAACUGGAUUUCUGAGAAUCUCAGAGUUGUAAUUCGAUUUAUUGGUGUCACCGGUGAAAGCAGAAAUAUCCGACUGCUGCUCUUGAGUCUUUGCUCCCAGAUAGCUGAUAUUUACAAUAUCUCUUUUAAUUUAUCUGAGGAUUUUGAAGGAUUGGUGGAAGAGUUUUGUUCUUUGUUGGAAUUUGCUACGCAAGACAAGCCACUUCUAAUAGGUCUGGAUGGUCUGGAUGAAUUAUCAGAGGAAUAUGAUGCUAACCUGUCUUGGAUACCUGCUGAAUUACCAAAGAACAUAUAUUUUAUUGCUUCCACAUGUACUACUGGAUCAGCUUCUUCAUGCUUAAAAAAAUUGGAGAAAAUUACAGUGAAAGAGAAUAUUCUACAAAUACCUUCUUUAACGUUUGAAGAAAUCAAUGAGAUUAUCAAUUCUUGGUUAGAAAAGGAUCACCGAAGACUCUCAAAAGAUCAGCAUGGUCACUUAAUGGAAGCAUGUGCAGUCUGCCCACUACCACUUUAUAUACACUCUGCUUAUAAGGAAUCCUGCUUAUGGACAUCUUUCAGCCCAGAGACAGAUGUGUAUCUUCCUUCAAACAUACAUGAGAUGUAUUCAUGGAUACUUAGCAGAAUGGAAAAAUGCCAUGGAGAACAGAUUGUGAAAAGGAUGGCAGCUUAUGUGACACUUUCAAGAAAUGGCAUAACUCAGGAAGAGCUGCUUGACCUGAUGUCCAAAGAUGAUGCAGUAAUUCAAGAAGUAGCUAAAUUCCAGAAAGCUUCCAUUCCAGCUGUCCCUCUCGUACUGUGGCUGAAGCUUUUGGAUGACCUUGGAGAGCAUGUAAGAGAACAAAGAACAGACAACACAUAUGUUUUUACCUGGGCUCAUACAUCUUUGAAACAUGUGUGCAUAGAGAGGUAUCUCAAAGCACAGGACUCCCAGCUAUCGCUACAUGCUACUUUUGCAAACUACUACUUGGAUAGAACUUCACAUGAAGUCAAGAAACUCUAUACAUCUCAGCCUCUGGCUUGGGUCUUGGAAAAGGAAGUCAAGAUCCACUAUUUCUUUAAUAUUCGUAAGCUCUUUGGAACUCCAUAUCACCUUAUCAAGUCAAAUAAUAUUAUUGUUCUAAUCAAGGAAUGUCUGUUUAAUUAUGAAUUCCUUUUGCACAAAUGCUGGGCAUCAUCGGUAGUUAGCAUUGAAGAAGAUCUAAGAGCAGCUCUCAGUGCAGACAGGACUAUACCUGACUUAACUUUAUUAAGUGAAGUUCUCAGGUUAUCCAAAAAUGUUUUACUGCAAGACCCAUGUCAGAUGGCCUCCCAGUUUAUAGGCCGCCUUCAUCAGAUUGUGGCAGCAGAUAAGCCAGUGGCUCCAGGUGAUCCCAAAAAAUAUCUCUAUCUGCCAGCUCUUUUGUCCCAGUGUGAGAAAUCUUCGAUUCCUGUUCUUGUCCCUUCAACAUCCUGUCUUUUAGCUCCUGAUGGACUACCCUGCGGCUUUCUGAAAGGUCACUUGGACAGAAUUACAGCAAUUGGACAAACCCAGAAGGAACAUACCAUUGCAACAGUUUCCAGUGACGGUACUUUAAAACUGUGGGAUCUGAGAGCUGGUAAAGCCAUCUUCACUCUGCAUGGAGUUGGGGAGAAUGUCAGGGCUAUUGUUGUAUGUUUGGAGAACAGGUUGGUGGCUGUGUCUGACAAGACCACCAUUAAAAUCUGGGAUCUUUCCUUGGAAAAAGUGGUACAUGCAGCUGGAGAGUUUGUCGAUACUCCAGUUCUGACAUCUGCAAUGAAUGGACAACUCUUGCUUGUUUUUUAUAAUGGCAACCACAAGGUCCAGGUUUUUGAUCUUGCUCACUCAUGUCUGUUGCUCCAUGAAGUAUACCUUUCUACAGAAGAAGUGCCCAUCCACAAGAACCAUUCCAUACUCGUAUCAAAGAAUUCAGUGAAAGAUUAUGUUUUGUGUGCCUAUAGAAGUGGAAGUGAAGCAAUGGUCUUUAGUGGCAAGGUGGGAAAAAUAGUCACUAAGCUGAAAAGCCAAGAACCAAUGGUAGCUGCUGAAGAUGUGGCGGUAACCAAGGAUUAUUUCCUGGUGAUAUUCAGGUGUCCUUUCAUGAAACAGCGUGAAAUUGUGAAUAUAGAACUCUACCACGUCCACAACUUUUCUUAUGCUCACAGUCUGAAAGGAUGCUGCAAUGAUUAUACUCAUACCUUUGCUGUAAACCAUUUGGGUUCUCACUUAGUGGCAUUCAGUCCCAUACCAAACACUAACACCACUGAGAUAGUGUCUUGGAAUUUAGAGUCUGAAGAUCACAAACACUUGGCUAAAUUUCCUUCUGUCCCAGCUGGUGGUAUAUGCACUGACCUUCGAUACUGUUUAGCAUUCUGUGAUGGAGAUAAUUACCUUCAAUCCUGGAACUUGGCUUCCAAGAUCAAUGACCAGACUUUAACUGUCACUGCAAGCAAAGCAAAGCGAACAAAUGGUAUACAGAAUAUUGUGACAACAGAUAAGUAUUCCAGGUAUGCUGUCUGUCAAAAUAUAAAUCCAGGAGUCAUAACAGUGUGGAACAUCGUGAAAUCAAAAUGUAAACACAAUGCUGUGAGAGUGGAGAGAGGGCUGGUAGAUAACACGGAUGUAGUUCUGGUUAGAGAUAUGAAACUUUAUGUUCUGACAGACAAAAGAAUCACCUCCUUUGGAGAUCCUCCCAGGCCUAUUUUUCAGACCCUAUUAAUUUAUGAUCUCCUGAAGAAGAAGUACAUAAAGAAACAGACUGGUCUUUACAUCAUUCCCUGUCCAUAUAAUGAGUACAGAAUUCUUGAAAAAGGCCUUCUACUUGGUCUCUCAGAAAACAGAGAUCAUUUUAUCACAUGGAAUUUGGAAACAGGAUUUAUUAAGGAUCGGAUAAGGCCAGAAUACAGAGACACCCUUGCCUUGAAAGCUACUCAACCCAACCAUUCCUUGCCAAGGGAAAACAUGAAACUAAACAAAGGAGUAUUGUCUAAAGAAACUACAGCAUUGUGGCUUCCUUGGGAAAAGCGCAAUGAAACAAGGACUGCACAGAAAAGGAGGCAGGAGAAGGCUGCAAAACUGGAAAUUGAAAUGUUGCAACAACUAGCUAAAGAGAAGAGCAAUGCUAUUGAUCAGUACCUCCUGAGUGGAGAUGAAAAGGUAGCUGUGUGUUCUUAUUAUGCACAUCACCUGUCAGUGUUCAGCCUGGAAAGCAUGUCCCAUCUCCACACCCUUGAGAGCAGAGAAUCCAUGCUGUUCUUACACAAUGCUGCCUUAAGCUAUGAUGGACAUUACCUAGUGGUCUGUAAUUACAAUGAAGAUGAGAAAAUCAGCUAUGUAACACUAUGGAAUCUAGACACAGGAAAGGUCAGGAAAAGGUUAAAAAAUGAGCCAAAUGUCUGCUGUACAGCCAUUACUGAUGAUGGUAGCAGAAUAAUUUUUGGAGUGAUGCUGGAAAACAAGAUAAAGCUUUGGGAUCCAUUUAAGCACAGACACAAGUUAAUUCAAGGUUAUGAAGGUCUUCAUCUGAGUGUGAACAGCAAACUGCACAUAUUAGAUGACUCAAAGGCUGUCCUCCUUGCAGGUGAGGUCAGUCUAUGGGACUUGGAAAGUGGCAAAGUUAUAUCCAUCUUUACACCAGACAGCAAAAUCUCCUGCAUGACAGUUGCCUUUGAUAGAAAAGCAAUUCUUUUAGGCUUGAGUGACAGCCCUACUCUUAUCACCUUGAAAAUGCUGAGCCUCAACACUGCUACACUUUUGACAGGAACAGAUUUAUUUGGAGAAGAAUCAUCAAGCAGUGAAGAAGAGUAUGAAGUUGCUUAAAAACCACAUUUUUAGCAAAAUGAGAAACCAGGCAUAAGCAAAUGAAAAUGUAUUACAUAUGUUGAUUUUGAUUUAUAAAAAAAUAACACAUAACACAUUUGGAUGGGGAAAAGCCACUAAAAAUAGUUUGUAGCGACAAUCCUACAAUAGUUAUUGUGUGCCUUCAGGUCAUUCCCAACUUACAGCCAUCUGGCAUGCAGUCUCUCUUUAUAUAUAUACUACUUUUUAUUAUCUUUUAUAAUAAUAAUAUAAAAGUAUAUUUUAUAAUAUAAUUUAUUUUAUAAUGUGUUAUAAUAAUACAUUAGAUUAUCUUUUCUCAUGAUUCGUGGCUUCUCAUGAUGUGACCAAAGUAUGACAGUCUCAGUUUUGUCAUCUUGGCUUCCAGGGACAAUUCAGGCUUAAUU